AUGGCGCAAAGGAUGUGGACAAGUUUUGUCAAGGCUCUCCUUCUCACCUCGAUCACCCGAGUUGUGAGAGCAGCUACUCCGGGCAACAUCACAUUGAACACCUCGAACCGUUUCUUGUUCGACGUCGACGGAAAUCACAUCAGUGCCUACGCCCUCAAAAUCUACAACUUUGAGAACAGGUACUAUGCCUACGGUCUCGACUUCACAACAGGAACCGGGCUUGACAGGCCCUUGGUCGGUUAUUCUUCCGUUGACCUGAUCAACUGGAAGUCUGAAGGCAUUCUUUCAGAUGUCACGGGAGGCCGUCCGCACAUAUUAUUUAAUCCUACGAGCCAAAAGUACGUGCUGUGGUCAAAUCCCUCGACGGGAUAUGAGAUAGCGACGUCAUCUGCGCCCAACAGUCCGUUCUCCACAGACGGACUCGGUCUUGCGGCACUGGAUCCCCAGUUCAGUGGAUUGCAGCCAGCUGACUUCACAGUCGAGACCAUUGAUGGCAAGGGAUAUCUUGUGUGGUCGGCUUUGAACUUCAGGGAUACUCGGGCUGGGAGUCUAUGGCCGCCGCUAUUCCAGACGCUUCACAUCUCGCCCCUGACUGAGGACUUUCUCAACACGACGCAGACGAGCACAAAUGUGUCAUCUGCGGAGUUUGAUCUUCUCGAUCAGGAAGCCGAGUCCCCUGAUCUGUUCGUUCGAAAUGGGAUUUACUACGUUGUAGCAAGCAACACUUGCGGCUUUUGCGAUGGAAGCGUGGGCCUAGUGUACCGCUCAGAGUCUAUCGACGGCCCAUGGGAACGCGACAUAGUGUCUGCGUACACCUGUGGAGCUCAGGUCGAAGGGGUGCUUCCACUGACGGAUCCCAUCACCAAUGAGACGACCUUUGUCUGGCACGCGACUUCGGUCCCUGGCGGUCCUCGGGUCAGCUUCUCUGGCCACUUCUUCCAGCCACUCCGAUUCAACGACGACGGGAGUGUCCAGGAUCUGGACUGCACUCCUGGGGCGCAGUUCACAGUCCCUCUGACUCUCGGAGAUGGUGACCCUGAUAGCGGAGCGUUGACGACCGCUACGGAUUUGUCUCCCCGAUUUGCGGAUUAUCAUACCGUGUGCGACUCGGACCUUUUCCAGACUGUGAUCCAAACCUGGACGAACUCGAAAGCUGGGUCACUCAGUUCGGUCUCAGUAAACAUCGCUGCUGGAGGACAAGCUACUGGCAUCCUGGUCAAAGUCUUCCGAUUCAGUAAUGUCACUGAUCUUCAAGCACCAUCCUACAAAUUCGAAGAGCUCGGCUCCGCAACUUUCAACGCAAGCCAGAUUGGGACGUCUUUCAAAGCCAUGAGCGUACCUAUCAACGCUACUGUUGCGCAGGGAGACCAAUUGGGAUUCUACAUUGGCGAGCCUGCAGCAGCAAGUGCGGAAGGGUCUACAAACCUCAUACCAUAUUGUCAUCUGGAGUAUAACAUUGGUGCGCCCAAUGGUUCAGAAACACCUGCCGGACAGCUUACAUUUGAACAGAGAGGGGGGCAAAACUCAUUUCGUGGGCUUGAUGGCACAACAAGUCCAAUCCAGACGAGGUCGGGCAAGGGAGUAAAAUUCUUCGCGAUUGUUAACUAG